AUGACAACUUCUGGAUCGAACAUAUCUAUGGGGAUUGUGGAGAUUCCUGUGUUUGCAGGUGUGGAGUUAAGGAAUGGGACCGAGCCGAGGAUCUUAUCAGGGAGUUGUGUGGAUUUCCAUGGCUUUGAGCAGAGUUUUCAGGUAUGUAUGCUCAUGAGUCUUUAUCAGAAGAAUUGGAACGCUGAUGAAGCGGAGUUCGGGUGGAUUGUGUGUGAAUCUGCUUACUCUGCGAUGAUAACGAUUUACACGCGUUUGAGGUUAUAUGGUAAAGCAGAGGAAGUGAUGAAAGAAGAUAGAGUGAAGCUGAGACUAGAGAAUUGGUUAGUGAUGCUUAAUGCUCUUAUAGUCAGCAAGGGAAGAUGGAUCAAGUUGGCCUUUUCAUAA